CGGAGAUCAGCGCGUUGAAUGACAAGGAACUCGGCAGCCUCAGCUGUACUGGAACGUACAAGACAAUGGACAUAGCUGAUGGGGCCAAACAAAAUAAAUCAGAGAGCUGUGUCCAGUGAGAACUCAGAUGGAGGAGACCAUGCUGUGGAGGCCAGACAUCACACGCUGCUGAAAGAAGCGGACCCUUUUUCAUUUGCUUUUCACUCGCUGAUUAAUAGCAAGUUCACCAUCAAGGCUGCACACAUGGGAAUAGCUGGAAAUAUGAGUCGCCGGGAGGCUAAAGGUGCAUCUAUGAAGUGUGACCGAGACAUGUGAUGCCCUCAGCUGGCCAUGCAUGAGCAUGGACUGUUGUUUUUUAUGUGCCAGAGUUGUACACUGAAGACAUAUGAGGAAAAACUAUAAGGCAUGUAGGCAUUUUGUAGAUAUGGACCAUAGCAGUGCUUAUAUUUUAUGGCAAGACUGACCAAACAUGGCCUGACUCAGGACUUAGGAGAGUUACCUCUUUCUUGAUUAUUAUAUCAAGUUUUAAAAGCAUUCAGAAGAGAUCAUGUGCAACAUCUCAGACUCCUGCAAUGUUGACUCAAACAUUGACCCAUUUUUCCAGCCAGUGCUGUACAUUAUCGUCAUUGUCCUUGGCUUCCCUACGAACUGUACAGCUUUGUGGGCUGCCUACAUGCAGGUGAAGCAAAAAAAUGAGCUUGGUGUGUACUUAAUCAACCUUUCCGUGGCAGACCUCUUGUACAUAGCCACCUUGCCAUUGUGGAUUGACUACUUCCUCCAACAUGACAACUGGAUCCAUGGGCCAGGAUCCUGUAAGCUCUUCGGCUUCAUCUUCUACACAAACAUAUAUGUCAGCAUCGCGUUCCUCUGCUGCAUUUCCGUGGAUCGCUACCUGGCAGUGGCACAUCCGCUCAAAUUCGCCAAGGUGCGGCGUGUCAAGACAGCCAUCCUGGUCAGCGUUGUCAUCUGGGUCAUAGAAGUGGUGGCCAACUCAGCGCCUCUCUUCCAUGAUGAGCUCUUUGAGGCCCGCCUGAACCGCACCUUCUGCUUCGAGAGGUACCCGAUGCAGGACUGGGUGGCAGGCAUGAACCUUUACCGCAUCUUUCUGGGCUUUCUGGCUCCCUGGUGCUGCAUGCUGGCGGCAUACGGAGGCAUCCUGAAGGCAGUGCGUGGCAACGUCUCCACUGAGCGGCAGGAGAAGGCCAAGAUCAAGCGCCUGGCCCUCAGCCUCAUCCUCAUUGUGCUGCUGUGCUUCGCGCCCUACCACAUGCUUCUGCUUUGGCGCAGCGUGCUCUUCCUUGGCAACCCUUGUGACUGUGGUGUAGAGGAGAGGCUCUUUGCUGCCUACCAUGUGACACUGGCACUCACCAGCCUCAACUGUGUGGCUGACCCAAUCCUUUACUGUUUUGUCAACGAAGGGGCACGUAAUGAUGUCAGCCGCGCACUCUACGCCCUGAUAGGCCUCUUCCACAGGGGGCAGGUCACAGAGACACUGAUGAGUGGGUCCAUCACUGUGGAAACACCCUUGGCUAGCAAGAAGCCUGACCUCUAUGGCGAGGUCAAAACAAAUGCCUACAAAAAUGACAUUGAGGUGCUGAAGGAAGAGUGCCUUCAGAUGACCAAACUUAGUGUUAAAUAGUAAGCUUGUGAAAAUGAAGACUCCAUAUGUAGGGACAACUUUGUCAAGCAAAUUUCAGGGACUGUGUGCUACCAGUUUGUUCUCAAACAGAGAGCCUGUUUUAGAAUAAACUGUUGAUGCAUAUGCCUCCUCUGUCUGAAUGUUAUGCCGGAUGCCUUGUUUAUUAUUGUUAAGAUUUUUAUCAUUUGCAGACGAUACUGUUUUCUUUAUCCUCAUUGACUCCUGCUACUGUGAUUCAUCAGUACUUGUUAUGAGCAUCUUCCUUUAUUUAUUUAUAGCUCAUACCACAAUAAACCUCAAAACAAGUACAAAAUGGCCAGAAAAUACAGGCUAUCAUGGCAGGGCUGUUUGUGAAUUCUGAAACAGUCUUUGCAUUCUCUGAAACAGUUUAUGCUGCAAACCCCUUAACAAUAUAGGACUAAACAGUUUCUUAGUGCAUCACACUAUAUAUGCUAAUCUUGAAAAUCAUUAAGUUAUUUUUUUAAUUAUCCUCCAUUUUACAUACCUCACCUUGUAUCUAAAUACAUCCUUCGUAAAAAGAACAUUGCACAUGCUUUAUCCUGUACCUCAUGGCUGGUACAGAAAACUGAAUGUAAAUUGAAGACAUUACAUGUACAAUAAUGAGAGUGAUCUACCCUUUCUGUUUCAUUUUGUGAGCCGCAAAAUGUUGUCUUUUCAAACUCCUUACUGUACCAUUACGUAUAAUUCUAUUUUUACCACAGAGCUUUUCAAAAACAUAAAUAGUUAUGUGAUAUAUGAUGUCAUACUGUGCAAAUUGGCAUAUUGUUCAAGAUACUGUGCAAAGAUAUACUGUAGUGUAAAUUAGUAUCCAGUUGCUUUUCACUGAACACUAAAAUGUAUUUCUAAUGCAUUUUUUUUACUGAGUGAUGUUAUUCGCUUUAAAAAUUUGUGAUAAAGGUUUUGGGUGUCAGAACAUUUUGGAGGCUAAAUGUAUUAUUUUGCAUAAAUGAUCAUGUUUGGGGGUUUGCAGUAACUGUUUUGAAAAUGGGACAAUAUUCCAAGAACUCCUGUAAGUACCUGAGACUUAUAUUAAGACAGUUUGAGUGAAAUAUCAUUAAUAUGUCUGAGACCUGUCUACAUGAUGCUUGAGAGGAAGAGGCAUGUUAUUUACUAAAUUACAUGCCUCAUUCAGUUCAGUCUCCUGUUUGUUUGAGCCACAGAGACCCAAAAUGAAAACGUGUCCAAAUAAUAGACUUUGCACAUGUUUACAAUUGAGUCCUGAUGCCUUCUUGGGGCUCUUCACUGUAAAUUCUGAAUUCUCUCCAUCAGCUAGAGGUUUGCAACUCAACUAAGCAUACCUGUCCAGUCAAACUGAAAUAAAUUACCAGUUUAAUUAGUUUAUUCUGUUUGUGGUUCCUCCUUCUACUGCAGGUUUGUUUUUUAUAGCAGAAGAGAGACUC